GACUCUCCCAUGGCGAUGGCCCACAGGAUCGUCUCGCUCGCCGGCCUCGAGGAGGUGGUGCGGACCCGCGCCGGCCGGCAGGGCGUCGCCGUCGACGUCGUCGACUCCGUCCGCAACGCGCCGCGGAUGCUCUCCGUACUCAUGGCCCUGGAGGUGGACUACGAGUGGGUAGUCUACGAGAACAACAUCCACCGCCUGCGCGCUGUUGCGACGCUCUGCCGGGUGCUGGAGGCGCUCGACAUCUUCGUCUUCCCGCGACUCCGCCUCGAGCCGACGAACGCCCGCGGCAUCUCCAACCUCCGCUACCGCGCCAACCGCAUCCGCAAGAUGGCCGUCAAGGCGGGCGGCUCCCUCCGUGCCCCGGCGAUCACGCUCGGCAACCACCUGCGCAACUUCACCACCCAGCUCAGGAGCGAGGCGCGCACCGCGGAGUGGGUGGAGGCGAGACUGCCCCGUCUGCGCCAACACGUCCAGAACGUUGCAGCCCUCCCCGCCGACUUCACCGCACCUCCAGACCCCGACAUGUGAUGGCGUUCGAAGCUUGGAAUGGCCUGGUGCCCCAGUGCGUCCUCCCCCGAGAAUGCUUGCCACCCACCACGCAGAUGAGAUCCCCGCUGGAUUCGAGUUCGAGGAUUGUGUAGUUAGAGAAUGCAUGCCACCCACCACAGAUGAGGUCCCCGCUGGAUUCGAGUCCGAGGAUUUUGUAGUUAUAGUUGAUGGUGUUGGAGGUUGAGUUAGUUGAUGAAUCGUGUGAGUUGGUGACGAACUAGUUUAGUGCAGUAGUAGUCCCAAUGAUGUUGAGGUGAAUUUUAGUGUCCGAGUCGUACAGGUCAUAGUCGGAUGCGUCCACUCAGUGUAAAUCCAUGCCUCAUACUCUCUCUCCCCGCCCUCCUCAUCGGCGCCUGUGCGGCGGCGGCGGUUGCGGCGGCUGGAGACGGUUGCCGCGCCGGCUGCUCGCUGGCCAUCGCCGCCUACUACUUCUCCGAGGGUUCAAACCUCACCUUCAUCGCCACCAUCUUCGCCAUCGGCGGCGGCGGGUACCAAGCGCUGCUCCCCUACAACCCGGCCAUCACCAACCCGGACUAUGUCGUCACCGGCGACCGCGUGUUCGUCUUCCCCUGCUCCUGCCUCGGGCUCCCCGCCGCGCCCGCCUCCACCUUCCUCGCCGGCGCCAUCCCCUACCCGCUCCCCCUCCCCCGCGGCGGCGGCGGUGACACCUACGACGCCGUCGCCGCGAACUUCGCCAACCUCACCACCGCCGCGUGGCUGGAGGCCAAGGGCAGGAUCCCCGGCGAUGGAAGGGUCAAUGUCACCGUCAACUGCUCAUGCGGCGACGAGAGGGUCUCGCCGCGGUACGGGCUGUUCCUCACAUACCCGCUCUGGGAUGGGGAGACGCUCGAAUCGGUGGCCGCGCAGUACGGGUUCUCGUCGCCGGCGGAGAUGGAGCUGAUCAGGAGGUACAACCCCGGGAUGGGAGGGGUCUCCGGGAAGGGGAUUGUGUUCAUCCCGGUGAAAGAUCCAAAUGGAAGUUACCACCCUCUGAAAUCAGGUGUAGGCAUUGUUCUUCUCUUCUGUGAGCUCUUGUGUAUCUAUGCUAAGGUUAUCAAGAAGUAAAGUGGUUUGAGGAGGCCCUCAGCGCUCCAAACCCCACGGAAGCUCUUGAUGAACUGAUCGAUCCAAGCCUGCGAGGGGACUACCCCGUCGACUCGGCUCUCACGGUUAGUAGCAGGGAAGUCAGUUCGUCAGCUUCCGUUUGCUUCUCCAGCAAAUCCAACAUGAUUUGCAUCGACAUGUGCUAUGAUUUGAUUGAUUUCUGGAUCAGAUUGCGUCCCUUGCAAAGUCCUGCACGCAUGAGGAGCCCGGGAUGAGGCCUACCAUGAGAUCCGUCGUCGUUGCCCUGAUGGCGCUCACAGCCAACACCGAUCUUCGCGACAUGGACUACCUACCACCCUUUCUUAGGACAGGUUAACUGGACAAGUGGUAUAGCGUUUUGUGUAACUGUUUCCAUCUCUGAUUCAGUGAAAAUAUACAAGCGUAAGAUAAGAAUAGUUUAUGCCUUCACUUAAUUUGCUGUCUGUACAAACUACGAAGUAAACAGAAAGGCAAAAGUAAAAGAAAGAGAUAUCACAAUGUGAACACAAUUGGAAUUUACUAAACCGGGUCAAGAAAGUUGAGAUGGCCGAGUUGGUCUAA